ACAAGAUCAAAUACAAAUACAACCAUAUAUACCGUUCAUUCAUUGUCAUCACCAGUGCCCAUCUUAUAGCCCGUAAGCCACGCAAUACUAGCCUGCUACAUAUUGCCCCGCAAUAGUUGCCAAAUGAACCCCGCUGAAACAACCAGGAUCUUCAGGACCCCCGUUACCCCGCGCAAGGGCGACAAGCUUGGCAAAGCCGCUACCUGGACUAAGGUCAAAGUCACCGCUUCGUCCGUAGCCGCCAGCGCAGUAGCACGGUAUCAGCACAAAAAGGCGUCUUUGCUUCUUUCACCCACUGAGCCCGUGGAUGAUGAUUUAGCCACACCGCCGAACCUCGUACUGUCUGAUGAAGAAGAGACCAGCGGCUCUGCUUCACCCUCAUCGCCCUCCUCCUCCCCCCCUCGCCCUGACUUUCUCAAAGCCAAACCCUUCGCAGGCGAUGUUAUGGAGCAAGACAGCGAAUACCCCUUUAUCGAGUUUGGCACGGCCGGAGAGGUUUUUGUUGCGUAUCAGAACGCAAUUCAGGUCUGGGACUGGUUUCCGGCGACAGCGGCCAGUGCCGGAGGAACCUUGUACUUGGCUGCCUCUCACAGAAUGCGAGAAACGGGCACCAUCGUUUCCAUCACUCCUUUGCAAGGCAAACCCUUCGUGCUUUUAGUUCAGGUUACGAUGGGAAAGCACAUCCUUGUGAACGUCACCACCAUAGGAGGUUCAACCACCCAGCUCCUCAGGGAAACCGCUUCAGCCCCCUACCACAUCUUUUCCCACUCAAAGUCCCACUUCGUGGUGGUGGACGCUAAUGGAAAAAUGCACGUAUAUGACCGCAAAAGCCUCCAGAAAGUUGGCUUUGGCCUCCCCAACCAAGCCAAACUCGACCCCUGUUCCUUUGCAAACGGAAACCCCUUGUGCUCCCUCGCGGGGAAAUGGCUUGCCUAUUGCCCUGGAAAGGCAAGCGAAGACACCAAACGGAACGUAACCCCGGUGAAAUUACCGCCUCCAGGGCCUUUGCUCAACAGAGUAAUCUCCUCCAUCUCUGCUGCCACUAUCGAUGGUGUGUUUAAGGUCUCCGAGGCUUCUUCAAGAAAGAUUGGCGACUACUUUUCGCGGGACCAGCAGGAGAAGUCUUCCGCCUCUCCUUCCAGCACUCACAAAUACCUCAAAGACACAUUAACCAAACUCUUUUCAAAAGAGACGCCAGAAAAAGCCCACAAACGAGUGGUGGUAGUGGAUCUUUCAAAUGGCCGGACGCUCGGAGUGUUAAGACCGCCUGGCGGCGACCUUUCGUACCUCUCACUUUCUCCUUACGAUGCCCACUUGGUCACCGCCAACAAAAGAGGUGACGCAUUGCUCUACUGGGAUUUGUCAAAGCUUCCAUCUGAAUUUUCCUUUUUAGGCAAGUAUAUCCGCGGAAAAACUGCAUCCAUCAUCGACAGCGUGUGUUGGGGCGGCGGGGGAGGGUCAUUUGGUAUCACCACCCGUGCCUCAGGCUCCAUCCACUGGUUUUCCACCAACCUCAGCGAGCCUCCGGACGACCACUCAUGGAUCUUGUCCUCGUUUGGGGUGACUAGGAUGUGCCUAGGACCUAGAAUAGCCACCCUCUCCUCGGGAGAUUACAAGGCCAAGCACGUGGAUGCGGUCGAGCUUUUGCACCACCAACGUUCGCUACAAGGGUGCCUUUUGGCUGUUCUGGAUGGUGUGAUAAAAGUGGUGAGCCCAACUGAUGGCUCUUGUUCUUGGCAGUAUGCGUUGCCGGAGGCCAGCGGAAUGGUGGCCGAAGCUUCCCAGAGCGAAGGAGAGAAAGAGGAUCUCGAACCUUACUACACAAAUCCGUUGGCCCAGGCAGAAAUCGAAACCUGUUUGCCGUACCCAAACUUGUUCAACAACCGGAAGGUGCAAUUCUCGAUUUACGACUUCCAGAAAAAUCUGGGGGCGAUGGAUUCGGGAAUGCUCAGCAUGGAGUUGCUAGUUGACGGUAGUGAGACAAGCAGACGAACUGGAAGAGGCGACAGCUACCGGUUUAUUGCAAAUUACUCCAGGGACGGUGGUGACUUUGGCAAAGGGUUCGCAGUACAGCCCUUGAGGUUUGGAAAACACGUCGGAGACCCACAGUUUUUCAGCGAAGCAGAAACCAACGAGGAGAAGGGGAUCGCAGAGAUCAAGCGGGCCAUGGAGGAUCUCUUGUUUGAGCCAGAAAUGAAGCCGGAAAUGGAACCGGAAAUGGAGCUGCUUGACUUGCAAAAGUUGGACUUGGAACACUUCAUUGAUGAGUUGUAAGACCACAGAAGGAGUAUCUUCCAGAAUCAGAGGUCGAAAACAAAUACAACUGGGUGAAAUAUUAGCAUCUAAAGCUUACACAAGUAUCAGGCUCUGGAUUUGAACUUGCUGGCUCAAUGUUUUGCUGUCUGUGACCCAUUCGAAAUUUGAUCAGCCAUAUUAUAUAGUUAUUUAUCUACGUCUAGCGAUAUAAAAAAAAAUUUACGUUUGAUCUCCCGC